AUGGGAAGCUCACCAUGCUUUGAAAACGUAGGGUUGAAGAAAAGGCCGUGGACACCUGAUGAAGACCAGAAGCUGGUUGCUUACGUUCAGCAGUACGGCCAUGGAAGCUGGCAUGCUUUGCCUUCAAAAGCUGGGCUGAAAAGAUGUGGAAAGAGCUGCAGACUGAGAUGGACUAACUAUUUGAGACCUGACAUUAAAAGAGGGAAGUUUAGUCGGCAAGAAGAACAAACCAUCAUUCAGCUCCAUGCUCUUCUUGGCAAUAGAUGGUCGGCUAUUGCAGCACACCUGCCAAUGAGAACAGAUAAUGGGAUAAAGAAUUAUUGGAAUUCACAUUUGAAGAAGAGACUAAGUAAGAUGGGAAUUGAUCCAACGACGCACAAGCCAAAGAGCAAUCCCUUCGGCUUCAAGGAAGCCGCCAACCUCCGCCACAUGGCUCAAUGGGAGACCGCUCGGCUCGAAGCCGAAGCUCGCCUCGUUCGCCGCCACUCCACCAUGUUCGGUUCCUCUCUCCACAAGCCGCCGAGCAAGCCUCCGCCGCCGCCCACAGUUCCGCCGACUCUCGACGUGCUAAAAGCUUGGCAAGCGGCGUGGACUGAGCCGCCGAUGACGGCAUGA